GCUCUCAGCUCGCCAUCGCUUUUGCAGCGAGCGGUGGUGGCGGCUGGAUCCUCAGAGCGGGAUUUUCCUCUGCCAAGAUGGCUUCUAGAAGGCGAACUUUGAGCUUCAGUGAAAGGCAUCAGAAACAAGUAGAUACAAAUUACUGCAAACAAUUACAUGUCCAGUCGGUAAGAAAGAUACAAAAUCAAAUCAGGGACCAAAUGGUGCAGAAUGAAAAUGAUGACCUCGUGGAGCGCAAGAGAUUCCUCAGAUUAUUACAGGAUGAACAAUUUGAGUUGGAUAUGGAAGAGGCCAUUCAAAAGGCAGAAGAAAACAAAAGAUUGAGGAAACUCCAGCUUGAACAAGAAGAAAAAUUGGCUAUGGAAUUGGCGAAACUAAAACAUCAAAGUCUAAAGGAUGAAAAGAUGAGGCAACAAGUAAGAGAAAACAGUAUUGAGCUCAGAGAAUUGGAGAAAAAAUUAAAAGCCGCUUACAUGAAUAAAGAAAGGGCGGCCCAGAUUGCAGAGAAGGAUGCCAUUAAAUACGAGCAAAUGAAACGUGAUGCUGAAAUAGCCAAAACCAUGAUGGAGGAGCACGAGAGAGCAGUAAAGGAAGAGAGUGCUGCGGAAGACAAACGGAAUAAAGUAAAAGCACAGUAUUAUCUUGACUUAGAGAGACAACUUGAAGAACAAGAGAAGAAAAAACAGGAAGCAUAUGAGCAGUUACUAAAAGAGAAACUCAUGAUUGAUGAAAUUGUUAGGAAAAUUUAUGAAGAAGAUCAAUUGGAAAGACAGAAAAAGUUAGAAAAAAUGAAUGUAACUCGAAAGUAUAUAGAAGAGUUUCAGAAAGAGCAGGCUCUCUGGAGAAAGAAGAAACGUGAGGAGAUGGAAGAAGAAAACAGAAAAAUUAUAGAAUUCGCCAACAUGCAGCAACAAAGAGAAGAAGAUCGGAUGGCAAAAGUUCAAGAAAAUGAAGAGAAAAGACUACAGCUUCAGAACACGUUGACUCAGAAAUUGGAAGAAAUGCUGCGGCAACGUGAAGAUUUGGAACAAGUGCGACAAGAAUUAUACGAGGAAGAGCAAGCUGAAAUACAUAGGAUGAAACUAAGAGAGGAAGCAGAAGAGAAAUUGAGAAAGCAAAGGGAGUUGAAGCAAGAUUUUAUAGAACAAAUGGCCCUGAAGGAAUUAGUACUCCAGGCUGCGAAAGAGGAAGAGGAGACCUUCAGAAAGGCUAUGCUAGCUAAGCUUGCUGAGGAUGAUCGGAUAGAACUGAUGAAUGCUCAGAAACAAAGAAUGAAGCAACUAGAACACAGGAGGGCUGUGGAAAAACUCAUUGAAGAGCGUCGCAACCAGUUCCUUGCAGACAAACAACGUGAACUAGAAGAAUGGCAGUUGCAGCAAAGAAGACAAGGAUGUAUUAAUGCAAUUAUAGAAGAAGAAAGACUAAAACUUCUCAAAGAACAUGCUACAAAAUUACUAGGCUAUCUCCCUAAAGGAGUAUUUAAAAAAGAGGAUGAUAUCGAUAUGCUUGGUGAAGAGUUCAGGAAAGUAUAUCAGAAAAGGAGUGAAAUUUGUGAAGAGAAAUGACACCAUCAAGAUUAGGGAGAGUGGAAGAACCAUGACUCCGUAUCUUUUCACCACCACGUAACUUUGUGGACAGAAGGAAAUAGUUGUUGGGAUUCAAUUUUCAGUCUUCCCUGUUUCAAGAGGCAAACUAAACCCCUAAGAUAAUAGUUAUUCUUGUACAUACUUUCUUUAAUUAAGGAGUAUCCAUACAGUAUUUCUAGUCCCAUUUGCCACAUUACUCAUAUACUUGUAUGAAAAUAUCCCUUUGCUUGGAUGACACAUUGUAUAUAAAUCUUAUUAUGUAUGUUAAUAGAUAAAAUUUUGUGCCUAGGGGCGUCUGGGUGGC